AAAAAAGGGAUUUACUAACACCAAUAAAGGAACCAAAAUAUAAAGAUAUUCAAAAUAUUUCUCUUUAAAAAUAUUGGAAGUGGCUGUGAUUAAUGGCAGUUUAAUCUCUCAGAAAGUUGCCUUUUUUCCCGUAAGCUUUGACAUGACGACGUAUGAGCAACCUUAUUUGUAUCUUAAUCAGGUUUAUAAUUUCCCCCUGUAUCUUCUUCUGCUCCAAGGAACCAAUAAUAGUCUCCAGACUGAGAGAUACAAGAUGCUCUUCAGUGAGGAUUUCAAUCAUUGACAGUAAUAAUGGCAAAAAGGAAAGCCAUUUCCCCGACUUACAAAUUCAACCCAAUAGCACACAAAUGAAGGACAUAAAAAGAUAGGGCUGAGGAAGAUGAGUUAAAAACUUAAGUAGGUUUUUUUUUUAAUGUCACGUGCACACUCUAGAUUCAGGGAGGACUCAUCUACUAUGAUGAAACAUUUAGUUGACUAUUUUGCAGAUAUCUAGCCAGAGGAAAUGUCAUGUAGAUAAUGAAGCAGAGCUGCUUCUAACCACAACAAAGCUUAUUAACAAUGGUUGCAACAAUUAAGAGCCAAAGAUACUGCAGUCAAUUACAGCCACUCCACACUAUGAUAUACUAAAUUGCAUUUUUUUUUGGUAGGAAAAUUCAUAGUAAAAGUCUUUUUUUCAUCAUUUAACUAUCAUUACAUGAUUAAAAAGCAAAUCUUAAAUUACAAGAGUGAUGUUUGUUUUCUGCUGCGGACUGAAGGUGUUAGUCAUCCUACAUGUUGAGAAUUAAAAUAGGAUCAAGGGUCUGUGUGGUUUUUUUUAAAGGUUCAACCCUCUCUUCCAUCACCGGUCCAUCAUGCUGAGGAUCAUCUCAGGGGUCAGAUCUCCGUUAGGCGGGGCCUCAGACAGCGGCUCUUCCUGUGCCACCGCCGCCACCGCCUCCUCCUCAUCUUCCUGGGACAGUUCCUCCAUUUGAAUGGUGGUCUUCCCUCCACCCACCACCACCUCCUCGGCCUCCAGCUCGUCUGCCUCGGCUCCCACCUCCUUCUUCACGAUAAUGUCAUCCACCUCUCCUGUAACCUCGUCCUCCACACGGAUGAUAGCAGCCGCUGUGAAAAGAGUUUCAGAGGGGAGGGAGCAGAGAAAGGCGAGGCUCUGUUGUCAGAUCUGUCCGUCUCGCCGGCCUGGCCCCGCCCACCUCAGUGGAGGCAUUACAUACUGCUGCUGCUCACGCUCAUAGCAACCGUGCCUCAGCAACAGAGCCACGGCAACAGAGCUCCACGGCAACAGCGUGCCGUGUCUCCCCAAUGGAGCUGCCAUUGGGCGGACCAGCGCUCAGGCACUACACCCAGAGCAGACCGAGACCUCACCGACAAAAACUGAACUACCGUCCCAACAGACCACAGGAGACAAUAAUAGAGAGUGAAAAUGAAGUCCUUGAGCACAUGGGGAGGGUGGAUGAAGGUGUCGAGGAGUUCUUUACUAAGAGAGUACUUCCUACUGAUACACUGAAAAAGCAAGAUGAGGAAACUAUCACAGUGCACGAAGUGGCUCCUGCGAGCUCAGUCCCUUGUCCACCCCAAACCAAAACACUCAGGAGGAAGCUCGGUGAUUUUUUUACACUCAAAAAGAGACGUGGUCUGAAGUCAGAAACGAGCCAUGAGGGGCGCCCCAAGAAAACCUCCAUCGCUGACCUCAUUCGCCCGCUCAGGGAGGUCGCCAGAGCCGAGAAAGACAAAGACAAGGAGCGUGUUAAGGAGCACGACAAGGAGAAUGAAAAGGAGAAAGCAAAAGAGAAUCCCAGCGCUAAUGCUGGAGAGUCAGCUGAUCAGGAGACACCUGUUUCUGGUGCUCCUCCACUGAGGGGUGAGGCGGUGCCUCCCCGCCGAGCUCUCAGAGAAGGGAAGUCCCAGUCUCUCAUUCUGCUGUCUGGAUCCGCGGCAUCAGGGACUCCUUAUGGCAGGAACACUGGGAAGAAACAACUGGAGGGCCAACAUAGCUUUGAACAGAAACUCCAUCUCAUGCUUCAGCGUAUUGGAGUUUCCAAACCCCAGCCAGGAGAGACACAGAACCAGGAGGGAGAGAUGAAAAAAGCAGAAUCUGAAGGAACUAUCAUUGACAGUAAGCCCGAGCCACCUCCUACUCUCUCAAAACCUCGAACCAUGUCUGCAUCAUCAGAUACAAGGCAUCAAAUGCGCUCAAGUGUGUCUGCACAUGAGUCCGCCGGGAAACCUGCUUUACUUCCAAAGCCGGUUAUCAAGCCAGGUCCACCUCCUACCACAUCGGGCCGCAACACACCUGAGAACGAGCUCGCCCAAAUACAGGAAGCAGAGACAAACACGCCCACCAAGCUGAGUCCAGCCACAUCCACCCCUGCUACCCCUGUCAUCACCGCUACCACCACCACACCCACUGUACCGACAAUCUCAAACUCGGUCCCCGACUCCACCAGUUGUACAGUUUCGCCUUCAAGUACUGCACCGCCCUCAGAUGCAGACACAUGCAUCGACUCUGUUAAUGGUCCUACAGCAGCUACAACACCUACCAAUGAAACAGAGGUCGAUAGCAAGCCCUCUAUACCUGAAGCUAAUGCCAUCACCCCUGAAACACCCACCUCUACUGGCACUGCUGCACCCACAGAGCCCCCGACUAGUGUCUCAGUUACUUCCACAUCCUCUGAGUCCAUUACUUCUACCAUCUCCACCACUUCCAGUUCAGUCAUUAUAACUACGCCUUCCAUUUCCACCUCAGAAGCUGUUUCUGCUCCCAGCAACGAAAUCCAGGUUUCCACAGCAUCAACAGAUCUGUUAGUUACAUCCAAUGCCCUCUCAGUUGAUGCUACACCUGCUGCUGGUGAUGAUGCAGCUGUUUCUGUGAGUGACACUGCUGCGUCACCCUCCACCUGCGCGAUAGAUACAGCAUCAGGCUUGUCUACAAACAUCAAUGUAAUUACUGCACCUAGUGAUGAGCUCGCUUCAGUCACCUCUGCUAGCUGUGUAAAUUUAGCCUCAUCAGUCACUACAACAUCUCCCCCUCCUGACUCAGCUGAUUCCAUCGCAACUCCAGUUUCACCCGACGCCCCUGUUUUCUCAUCCUCCACCCUGACCUCCCCUGACCUUCCUCCCGCCACCACAACCAACAAUAUUAUAAGCCCAACAUCUCCUGACUGCACAGAGUCAAGCUUUAUUUCUACCGUUACUCAGCCAGCGACCUUUAGCCCUGCUGGCACAUCUAUUCCCUCCACUUCAUCCAGUGAAACAAACCCCACAGACACUACCACCACCACCACUACAAGCAUAGACUGCUCAGACUCCACUUCCACUACCAAUUCAGCAACUGCAGCUGCAAUUAGUUCUCCACCUACGACUGACUUAGACCCACCUUACUCUGACAGUGUGAGCACUACCCUCACGCCUACUAUCUCUGACCUCCCAACAACUGAUAACUCAAGUGCUGCUUCUCCCAAUCUGACCAGUCCAGCUCCUGCUAAAGAUAGCGUGGGCCAAGAGAAAGAUUUAAAGACAUCACCUGAACACAGAGCUGGAGUGGAGCCUGCAGAGAGAGAAACAGAUGAGGAGCUGGAGGCAACACAAGAAAGCAAGGAAACUGAGGCGGAAAAGAGCGAGAAAGUGGUUGAUGGUGGGAAGAAAAGCGAGGAUGAAACUGAGAAAGAAGCUCUGGUCAACAGUGAAGUGAAGAGUGAAGAAGUGCAGGACGCAGGUGUGAAACCUGGAGAGGACUCCAUGAAAACAGAAGUGGGAACAGCUGAACCUGCAUCACGGAAGGAUGCUGAUGAGGUGCAGAAAGAAGGUGAGAAACAAGAAGAAACCCAGCCAGUGGGCGAGAAGUAGUUCAAAAAUCAUGAUAAUGCUAAACACGGGACCAACAACUGUGACGGGGGCAGGAGAGACCACAGUAAAGGGUAAAAUGAGGGGAGACGAUCCAUGGCACUUCCUACAGGGACCACCACAUUUCAGCAGCACACCACAAAGGGUGGGCCAUCGGACCAAAGAACUGAGAUCCCUUUGGUGUUAUGUAAUCGACAAAUCCAGCAGUGUCUUUGUCCUUUUUUAACUUUUGUUUGAAUUUUUGCAUUGCACGUAUGAUUAUGUACCAUAAGACAACUACUGUGGUAAAAUACACCAUGUUUACAAUAGAUGGAUAAAAGACAAAUUUAUGGAUAUUAAAUGGAUUAUUGAAUUGA